UUACUACCACUUGACCAAAUUAAUCCAGCUAAGACCCCUGGACAUGAUAUCAACCAAAAACUUUGUUAUAAAAUAUAAUGAUAUUUUUACAAAAUUCUUCUUCUCUUUAUUUGUAGAAAGUGAUACAGAAAAAAAGGAAGGGAGAGCAACAAACCUUUUGGAGCAAGUCAUAGGUUAAAAGCCCCAUUGCUUUUUCUUCCAUCACUUUCAUUCCUCUCUUCUCAUUCUUUCAGACUGACUUUGAGAGAGAGAGAGAGAGAGAAUUUAACAGAUCUUGCUCAGAUCUUUUUAUACCUUCUUAAAAAAUCGAUAUUAUAGAGAAACUCUCUCUCUAUAUAUAUCUUGAAGAUUCUGAAGAGAUGGGAAACUACUACUCUAGAAGAAAAUCUCGAAAACACAUCACGAGUGUUGCCUUGAUCAUGCUUCUUCUUCUUUUGUUUCUGUUUCUUUACGCUAAAGCUUCUUCUUCUUCUUCCCCUAAUAUUCAUCACCAUUCACCUCAUGGAAGCUUGAACAAACCUGAAAUUUUGGAUCCAGAGCUUCAUCAUCUUGAUUCCAAUGCUGCGUCAAGAGGAUCAAGAUAUACCAAUAAAGUCGGGGAUGAAGUUGUAUUUGAAGAUGGCAAGAGAAGGGUCUUCACAGGUCCUAAUCCUUUGCACAAUAGAUAACUUUUUUUUGCAUUUAUAAGUUUUGUGAAUCUUUUGUCGUCUGAAUAAAAUACAUUUGUGCAAACAAAAAGAACCAUAUAUUAUUUUCUUCUUACACUGAUAUACAUUAUAUCGUCGUACGUGAUCUGCCGUGAUUGUAACUUCUGUGUUCUUCUAGCUGGCGGAAUGAGAUUUUUAAGAGUGUUGGACAACAAGUC